CAUGAAGUUCUAUUGUUUUGCAGGGAUAGAUUUAUUUAAUCAGGGUCACAACUUGUAGUGAUAAUGGCUUCUGCCAAGCAAACUGCAAGGAUCAGAGUAAUAGAUGGCCACCUGAAAUCCAAACCUGUCACCUCACUCCACUCAACCCCACCUAAUGGAUUGAAAUACACAGUCGAUAGUUGUCAUGUGUUGUCAAUGAAAGAACGAGAGUUUUUUGAGGAAAACGGAUUUUUCGUUGUGAAAGGUUUGGUUGACCAGAAAGACUUGGAUAUUUAUAGAGAAAGGUUCAAACAAAUUUGCAACGGAGAGAUACCAAAGCCAGCUGGUUUGAUCGUAAUGAAAGAUGUGGCGAUUGCCAAGUCUGAAUACAUGCAAGGGGACAGUGCUAUUACAAAGAUACAAGACUUCCAUAGUGACCCCGUGUUGUUCGAGUAUUGUUCGCAUGAAGGGAUAUUGAAGUAUGCUGAACAAUUUAUUGGCAAAGACAUAAUGGCAAUGCAUACAAUGCUUAUUAAUAAACCACCAGAUCCAGGUUCAAAGUCUUCACGUCACCCCCUGCAUCAGGAUCUCCAUUAUUUUCCGUUCCGCCCAGCUGAUCGCAUUGUUGCAUCAUGGACGGCCAUGGAGCAUGUAGAUCGUCGUAAUGGUUGUCUUGUUGUGUUGCCGGGAACACAUAAGGGGAAGUUGUUACAACAUCAAUAUCCUGAGUGGGAGGGUGGAGUGAACAAGAUGUAUCACGGGGUCCGAGAUUUUGACGAGAACUCUCCACGUGUCCACCUAGUGAUGGAACCUGGGGACACUGUCUUCUUCCAUCCUCUACUCAUUCAUGGAUCAGGAAUGAACACCACUAAUGGAUUUCGCAAGGCAAUUUCAUGUCAUUAUGCAAGCAGCCAUUGCGAGUACAUUGACGUGAAAGGUACAGUGCAAGAAAACAUUCAGAAGGAAGUUAUUGAGAUUGCAAGGAGAAGGCUUGGUGACGAUGUUCAGUUUGAAUUCCAGGAUAUCUGGUACAUGAAGGGUAGACUUGUACACGGAGAGAGAGUUAAUUUAUAAAAAGAUUAAUGCUGCAUUUUGCUUAAACCUAUACCAAGCCAGCCUUUUGUAAUCUUGCUUUUAAAAUAACCUAAAGAAAGAAAAAUACCAUCCCAUUUACAACUGUUUCUAAUGUUGUCUAAAUAACUAAAACUGAUUCAUAGUUUAUGUUUUGAGGCUCACUGAAAUUCCUAAAGUUCAAAAGUCCUUAUGUUUUCUAGUCUAAUAGAUCUUUAAUUCCGAAUCAAGAGUCCCAUGUUAAGUUUUCUGUUAAAUAAUUUCUUUAAAUGCCAUUGAAAUCGUAACUCUGUGAUUUUGUGUUCAAAGGUGUCUUAAUUUCUUCUGUAGUUUAUAUAUUUGUUCUAAUUAAAGCUAUGUAUGCAAUUUAACACUUGUCAGUAUAAAUGUAGCACUAAUUGCAAAAUAAAGCUUAAUUUUCUAACUGUGUUGUAUAGAGUGUAACAUGCGGUACUACUCCUGUUUUAGGAGCAAUUUUCGUUGCCUUGUUGUUCAUAGUUUUAAUUGUUUUCUUCAACACUACUGUAUGUAAUGUCGUUCUGUAAUUUGUAGCGAAUAACUUAUAAAAGUUUUAAUAAAUUUUGCCAAGAAAUGUAA